AUGAUUGGUCAGCGGACGGGGCACCUUUUUAGCUUGUCGACGGCCAACGACAGCAUCAUCUACGUUCGUUCGGAGCUGCUGUCGCCCCAACCCGCCGCCCCGCCCGCACCACCGUCCGCAAUGGCCUCGAAACUGGUACCCUUUGCCUGCCGCAGCGCCUCGCGCGCUCUUCGUGUCCAGCGCCCCCAAUGGCGCGCCUUCAGCAUCUUCCAGCCGGCGCGGAGCGACAGUCUGAUGGUCCACCGCGACAGCCCGGAGAACAACCCGUCGAUCCCCUUCAAGUUCAGCGCCCAGAACGAGCAGCUCAUCAAGGAGAUUGUCUCGCGGUACCCCUCCAACUACAAGAAGGCCGCCGUCAUGCCGCUCCUCGAUCUCGGCCAGCGACAGCACGGAUUUACCAGCAUCAGCGUCAUGAACGAGGUUGCGCGGUUACUGGAGAUGCCGCCCAUGCGUGUCUACGAGGUCGCGACCUUCUACACCAUGUACAACAGGACCCCCGUCGGCAAGUACCACGUGCAGGUCUGCACAACGACUCCCUGCAUGCUCCGAAACAGCGACUCAGUCAUGAAGGCCUGCGAAGACACCCUCGGCAUCCACCACGGCCAGACCACUAAGGACGGCCUGUUCACCAUGACCGAGGUCGAGUGCCUUGGUGCUUGCGCCAACGCCCCUAUGGUCCAGAUCAACGACGACUUCUACGAGGACCUGACCUACGAGACCACACAGUCGCUGCUCAAUGCUCUGAAGCACGCUACCGAGACCACUGGCGCACAGCCUGGUGGUCCCGGUCUCGCCGGCGGAAGCGGCGCCGAACAGGGCAGCAAGGGCGAGACCGCCCUCAACUCCCAGGGACGAGGAUAUGCUGCUGGCAACGUCAAGGUGCCCUCUCCCGGCCCAUUGAGCGGAAGGCAGAGCUGCGAGCCGGCUGGUGGCUUGACCGCGCUCAAGGGCGAGUUCUGGGGCAACGAGACUCUGAGGAAGGACGGUGCUCUUGACUGA